AUGGAGGAUAUAUCUAAUUUUAACGAGAGUGGCUUCCAAAUUAGAGUAGUAACGGGGAAUAUUAUAUAUAUAUUACUAGAUUACGAAGUAGUAUAUAAUGCCGAUCCAGAUAAUCGAGAAUUAGUUAUAGUCAUGGCUAUAAUUAAUUACGAUAGAAGGAAGGUUCCUGUAUAUAUUAUUUUUAAGAAAGCAUACUAUCUUUACGGAUAUUUUCCACGGAUACUUAACGGCAGUAUCGAAUUUAUAUACUCUCUUACUAGUUUUAUAAAUAAUCGCCUGGGUUUAUAA